UUGACAAUUCAAAAACUUCAUAAAUAAACUAUAUUUUCCGUAAUUAUAUUUUGAAUUAUUUGCUUAUCUACCGCGCUAUGUCUAUCGCGAUUAAAUUUUGUCUCUCAACAUUCCUAGUUCAACUAAUGUCAUGCAGCGCAACAAGUGAUAAUUUCACAAAUCAAACGGAAGAUGAGAUAUAUGACACCGCUAUGUCUAAUGGGAUUAAAUUUUGUCUCUCAACAUUCAUCCUUCAACUAAUGUUAUGCAGCGAAACAAAUCAAACGGAAAUUGUGACAUCUACAACAGAGCGUACUCUCCAGCUGGAGGAUACAACUAAAUAUACCCGUUAUAUGGUUUCUUUGCGUUUCCGCACGGCCACUCAUUAUUUUGGUGAUAACCAUUAUUGUGCCGGCGUCAUUAUCGGCCUUCGAUGGAUCGUAACAGCGGCACAAUGCGUCGCCAACCAAAAGAAAGUUAUUGUACGUCCGCGCUUAAUUAUAAUUGUGAGUGGCACUCCGAAUCGCAUAAAAAAGAGCCCAACCACACGUAUCAUGGCCGUCGACCGAGUAAUUUCGAAUCCGAAUUUCACUUUUCAUACUGCCAACGAUAUCGCAUUAAUUCAUUUAAAAGGAAAUAUUAUACUAAAUGCACACGUACAAAUUAUGCCACUACCCACAAAACCACCGCCGCGUGGUGCGCGUUGCAUUGUCCUCGGAUGGGGAAGACUUUACUAUGGCGGCCCGUAUGGUUCGAUAGCGUCGUAUCAGUACGUAACACUCUUCACGGAGAAGCAAUGUAAAAAGUAUUAUCCGCAUUACAAGCCUGGUGAUUUGUGCGCUAGCAGUACCACAAUUUACGGUGGCAGUCCUUGCGCGGGUGAUGCGGGCGGUCCGCUUAUUUGUCAUAAAAAAUUAGUGGGCGUGAUUUCGUGGACUUUUGGCUGCAGAGAAUAUUUUUAUCCAGGUGUUUAUUCAGAUGUGUAUUAUAAUUUACGCUGGAUUAAAAUGAUGAUAUCAAGGGGCGCUCGUUGGUGGGCGUGCUCGGUUGUGUGUGAUCCGAUUAAUUUGUUGUUAGUAGAUCUGUUCAUAUGGCAUGUUUUGUAAGAAAUAAAUGUAGAGUGGCCCAUUGGGACCCCCAA